AUGUCGAACCCACAUUCCUCACCAAUUCAACAAGAUUCACGAAAGGAGUCAACGGACCCAACGUCACAGUUCAAGCCAGCAACCAGUCAAGAAUCAAUCUCCUCCGCUCCGAGCCAAGCAGCAAUUAGUAGUAUAGCGCUCGCGUUUGCUGAAGUUUUUCCGCCACUCUUCAAUGUCGCCACUGAUGCUCUCGUUCUAAAGUCCCAGAAAAUUAUAGCGCAGAAAGAGUUUAAGAAGAAGCGUGAAGAUUAUAUUAAGAGCCAGCCUAACCAUGGCAAGUUCCCGUCGACUGAGGAAUCUCAACGAAGAGCAAGAGACCACGCAGAGAAAAUUUGCAAGUUGUUAGAUGAAGACAUAAAAGCUAAAGAUGAGUCUUUAAAAGAGACAUCGACGUUAGCAUUGUCUAAAGCCUUGCCGAAGAUCAUACCUAAACUCCUAGAAGCUGUGGCGACAAUGGGAAAUAGCAAAACGUCGGACAAACGCUACGAAGACCUCGAAAAACGGUCGCUAAAAUUGGAGCAACAGCUAGACGAACAGCGUGACCGCUUUGCUGAGCUAAAGACUAUUAAUUACAAACUCCAAGCUCAAUAUUCCGAGUUGCAACGCAAGCAAAGGGAAGACGUGGCGGAUCUACAGCGCAAGCAAAGGGAAAGCGAUGCUGAGCUCUAUACGUCGAAGAGCAACAGUGCAAAAAUUAACGAAGACAUCCGCCACAUACAACUACGCAAGUCCAAAGAUGAAAAAACAGCCCAAGAACUUAGGCGGGAUAUUGAUUCUCUUGCUAAAUCUCAAUCCGAGGUGUCUCGCCUUCAGAGUGCCAUACCAGUAGACCUACAGCAGAAGCUACUCAAUAUCGACAAGCUUUCUGCCCGGAUUGACAGAUUUGAGGAUCUUCAGCAUGGGCUUGAAAGUAAAGUCGAGAAGAUUGACACAAGCCUUGUCACAAUCAACAUCUGCAUCACUGGCAUAUUAGAGGACCAAAAGAAAUUCUGUGAUUUCUAUGAGAAGUUUUCUGGCGCCGCGCAUCAGACUCCCGACAACUCGGAGGUUAUUAAAGCUAUGCAGUCCCAAAUAACCACUCUCGACCAGAAGAUGGAGAAUUCUACGACACUCGAAAGCAGGAUAGCAGCUUACCAACAAGAUGUAAACACGAAGUUGAUGGCGAUAAGCGCAACCGACACCUCGGGAGGCCUUCGAAACGACAUAACAGAAUUUAAGGACCAAUUGGCCAAAUUAGAAAACCAAUUAGCUUUAUCGGGAGGCCGAAACGCAUCACCGCCUAUAGCACGAGCCCAAGUGGGCGAAUUUAUACCCGAUAGCCCUACACCUCAACUCAACGAUCUAAAAGAUCAACUUGAAGAUCUCAAAGCCGGCCAAGAGGCCAUGGGGGACACCUGGGCGGAAGCGGUAGAUCAAUUACGCGAUUCCCUUGCCCUUCGAGUUGGCACGCUCGAGAAUACCUUCGCAACGUUUUCCCGUGUGCAGGACGGAAAGUGCGUAGAUUUAACAAACCACUGCAAGGCAAAUUCCUUAGCUGUUACAAACCUAGAGAGUCGGUACAGCGCUAUCAAUACAAUGGACAUGUUCAUGGCAAUGGGCGAUCAAUUUGGGAAGGAGAAAUUCCCGCACCUUGAACCGCUUCAAGCUACUGUCCACAGUAUGGGCCCCCGGAUUGCCGACCUGGAGAACGUAGUGAGGAAUCGCUGGAUUCUGCCACCUAUCGUGGAGGAGAGGAUCCGUGUUGUCGAAAGAGAGCAUCAGCGUCUCGCUGAGCUAGUUCAGAACGUCGGGCCAAACGCAAACGACCCCCGGGAGGCCUCAUUAGCCAACGACUUGGGCAGGAUCCAGAAAGAAGUGUCUCAACUGAACCAAGUGUGCGCCAAUAGGCUAGAAACUUGCACGGAGUCUUUUGGCGAGGCACUUGCGGACAUACGCAAAGAAAUUAAAACCUUGCAAGGUGGUGUCAACCAGGGUCCUAGAAAGCGGAAAUUGCCAAAUGGCCAUGGUACCUCUGCCAGCCCUUCAUUAUCAGUGCCCAAUAGCCCUGGAAGUGGCUCGGCGUUGGAAAAUGACCGAAAGAAGCAGAGAACUUGA